UAAAGAUCAUCAUAUUCGAGCACUUCAUAUAAUCUCAUUAUCAAAAAGCCGAGAUUUAUUAAAUAAAUUUCCAAAAUUUCUUAAAUACUGGUUUAAUAAAUAUAAUAAAACUGAUGAUUUAACAUCACCGUAUAAGAUUCCAAUUAUUUGUAGUCAGUGGUAUUAUAGUAUGUUAGCUCAUACUAAUUUUGCUACUGAAGAUUGGAAAUAUGUCUAUAACGUGUUUGAAAAUUUAUCAUUUAUACAUAAAACGAUAAAGGAUCAACCAGAAAUAUUUAAUAGAUUGAUUGAAAUUGCAGUUGAUAGAUGUAAUCAGUGUAGUGAUAAUAGAAUUUUUAAAGCUACUAAGCAUAUUUACAAGUUCGAUCAGGAUCUUAUUACACCAUUUGCAAAGAUGGUAAAAGGAAAACUUUUAGUUAAAGAUAUUGACGAUUCGUUGAUGCACAAUAUGCAACAGAUUUGUUCAUGUGGUUCGGAUGUUUUGGAUGUUCCUAAUUUGUUAUGUGAGGAGAUAUUAUUAUAUGUCGUAGAAAUAUUAAAAGAUUUACAUCCUUUGUCUGGUAAAUCUAAUUCUGAAAUCUCUUCUACUUCAUUAACUCUUCUACGUCAUUCCCGAUUUUGGAAUUUGAUAUUAAAUCCAACCGGUGAAGUUAUAAGAUUAAAAUCUCAUCCUUAUAUUAAACAAGCUCGAAAUAUCAUUCAAAAUUUCGAAAUAAUCUUAUUACAAGAAUCAAUUACCUUUCAAUUUUUACAAAGACUUCUUCUUAAUCCUGAUGAUAAGUUGGUUCGAUUCUUUGCUUCUGAUAGAAUUAAUAAAUCAACUAUUAUUAAAUUAAGAAAUCAAAGCCAAAGUUAUUUGAAUAAAAAAGAUCGAUUACAUACUUUUUACACCCGAUUUUGUUCUCAAGAUAAAAUCAAUGAUUUAAAUUCUUUUCUUGAUGAUAUAAAUGAAAGAUCAGCAAAACUAGAUAAUUUAACUCUUAAAGAAACUCAAGCUCCAAGUCAUUGGAUAAAGCAUAAUAUCUCUAUAGAAGCUGCAAAUAUGGUAUAUGAAUUUAUUGAAUCACAAACUUUUAAAAAUAUUUUUGAGAAAAUAAUAAAAAAUGAAGGAGGAAGUGUUUCAAUGGAAAACUUGGUACGAAAUAUUAUACCAUUAGUAAUCAAAACGUAUACAAAAUAUAUACAACAAUAUGAAUAUGAAAAUUGGAAAACACUUAAUUGUUCAAGUCAAACUGUACUUUGGCAAAAGGUUAAUCAUUCGAAUGUAAGAAAGGAACUUGAUUUUUUGAAAAUAAGACAAACAGAAAAAUUGGUACAAACAAUUAAAUAUAUGACUAACUUUCCUACCUACGUUGAAAGACUUCAACAAUUAAAUGAAAUCUUAUUAAUUUUUAAGGUUUCACGUAUUAAGGAUGGUUGGCUUGGUACUAUGUUAAUUAUUCUUGAAAAUGAAUAUUUAUGGCUUGGUGCUCUUAAUGAUUUUUUCAAAUAUUAUAAUAAACAUUUACCGGUAUCUGAUAUUGAUGAUAAUUGUUGGGAAUUAAUUAAAUCAUUGUCAACGUCUAGUGGAUUUGUUAAAUGGCUUAAAUCUAUAGCUGAACAUAAUAUCAAAAAUUUAAUUAAUAGUGUAGAUGAUCAAUCGGAUGAACGACUUAUACAAGAAGAAACAAUGUCUUCAUUAAUUCAAGUUCAUCAAGUUUUAGUACCAUUAAUAAAGAGUGAAGAAGCCUUGACUGUGAAAAAGUUUUUAAGAAAAUUAUCAAAGAUUGUGGCUACAAAUCCACAGUUGGGUCAGAAAAUUGCAUUAUGCAAUAGUAAUAGAAAAGCAUUGGAAAAUCUAGUAAAGAACAUUGAUAAUAAAACUGAAGUCACCCAGGAACGAAUUAGUAAUUCUGUCAAGAAAGGAACUUUUACUUUUCAACGGCUUGAAAAUGAUGAUAAAUGUACUGCUAUUUUAUCUUAUACAAUUCAUGUAAUUAGUGAGAAGGAAAUUCCAAUUUUAGAAAAACAAGCAACAAAGUUUACUCUAAAUGAUUUGCUUGAUUUACGAGGACGUGCUCUUUUAAUAUCAAAACCUGGUAUCACUAUGGACGUGGAAAAUCUUGAAGAAGAAGAAGGACGACGACAAAAAUCAGCUAAAAAAACAAUGAAUGAGUUUGUAGAACAAGUUGAUUUGGCACAAGAGAUUUGCGAAUAUGCUUCAGAAUUGAUCCAAAUGGGUCAUUUUAAAUAUAGGAGAUUUAAUAAAAAUGUUAAAGGAGUCAAUCAAAUGGAAUAUUUACUUGAUGAAUUAAAGGCGGAUUUGGAAGAAUGGGGAAAUAUUGUAAACAAAGCGCAAGAACAAUAUUAUUACUUGACCUUCUUUCCAGCUAGACAAAUCUUGGUAUUUUAUGACUAUUUUAAACAAACCGCCAAAGAUGAAGCUUCAACUAUUGAAGAGUGUAAAGUUCUUAUAAACUUUAUAAAUAACUUUAUCGAAUUGCCACCACCUGAUGUAGUAUUAAAUAAUCUAUAUAGAAGUAAAAUGUUUGAUGAUAUUAUUAAUCCAACGGAAGAGACCAAUGAUAAAAAAAAUGAAUUAGUAGAUAAGGUUUUUGAACAAAGUCAUUACAAAGAUUUAUGUGUAAUAGGAAAGAUAUUACAAUAUUUGUUUAGGAAUAUUUAUAAUAAACCAAAAAGAGUAUCACAAGGUAAAAUCGAAAGGGUAAAAUCAGAUUUCGUUUUUUCAGGAAAACUAUUUGUAGCAGCAUGCAAUGACAAAUCACUUGUUCCAAAUAUCAUAAUGUCAUUAUAUGUUAAUCAUGAAUCAUAUCCUCAACCUUGGCAAAUUUUAAUAUGUACUUCAUCAACUACCAUGGAAGAACUUUCAAUCUUUAUUAAACGAUGUUUUUUUGCGGCAAAGAAUGAAUAUGAGGGUUAUCUAUUUUGUAUUGCAAAUUUAGAAUUAGUUGAGUUUGAAUUACAAUAUGGACUUGUUAAUAUUAUUAGGUCAAUGAGCGAAGAACAUGAUAAAUAUUUAUUAGCUCUCAUAUGUUGCAGAGAACCAGGAGUUCAUCAUCAUAUCUUGGAUCAAUUCUCACAGGAUGUUCAUACGACUAAUGGACUUGGUAUGGAAUCGAUGAAAAGAAUAUAUCAAGAGUUAUGUCCAGAAGCUUUUUGUGUGACCUCAGAAUUAUCUGGACUUGGAAAAACUGAAUGGAUUAAAAAUAAAAGUUUUGACUUAAAGAAAACACCAAAAAGUUUUUUAAUUAAUGAUAACGUUGAUUUUAGAACAUUGGUUAAACGUUUUAAAGAAUUUAAAAUUCAACCAUUUGAAAGUUUACACCUUAAUAUAGUGUCAUCUGAUCAUCCUCUGGACGUUAAUAUGUUUAUAUUUGAAUUAUUAACUUUAGGAAUGGUUGUAAAUAGUAUUCAUAUAGCUCGAUUACUCAAUACUACUAUAUUCAUCGAAGUUGCUGAUCAAUAUCUAUUUAAAUCUAUACCCAUAGUUCAAUGUCUAGCAAAUACUAAUUUGAAAUGGGACAUUCGAGAUCUCAAGGCAUCUAAUGAAAUACAUAGUCCUAUUCAGAUAGUUUGUCAUUAUUUAUAUGCUUUUGAGAGAACCAUUGAUGCUAAAAAUCUUUUGUUCCAAAUAACUGGACCUGAUGCCAUUAAACCUUUAUCAGAUGAAGAAUGUCAAGAAUUCAUUAAUAAAUAUUUAUUCGAUAAUGGUACAAGUAAACAAGAUAUUACAUCAUUCAGAUUUGUCGAAAUAUUUGUUAAUGUAUUUGCAGAUCAAUUGGUUCGAUUUUCUUCGAGUCAAUAUUUUCAAGUUGAAAAUUUGAAAGUGAUGACUAGAGAAAAAGAAAUUAGAAAAACUUUAUUAAGAACAUUAUUAGAUGUAUCUAAAGAUUUUGCAACAUUAUCUGUUAAAACAAAAUCUGCUCAAUUGGAGUCAACAAUUACUUUAUCAAAUAAUAAUAUUAUUAAUGAUAAAUUAGCAUCAAUAAUUAGUUGGGAUGAUUCAAAUCAUCUUUUAGUAUUUUUCUUAUCACAAAUACCAGAUUCUAUUUGUGCUUUAUAUCGUGAUGAAAAACGAGUUCCUGAAAAUGUUAAAAGAUUAUUAAGGAGUCAAAAUACUGAUAAUAAUAGAAGAUUUCAAUUGGAAAAUUAUAAUACUAUGGAUACAAAACAAUUAUUGGAAAAAUUAGAAUGUAUAGCGAGAAAAACUAUGCAUAAAAUUAAGUAUCCUCGUUAUGCUUUAUCAGCAGAUAAUAUAAUUAAAAUGGCAUUGAUUUUAUUAAGAGCUCGUGCUAGCAUUCCGGUAAUCGUUUGUGGCGAAGCAGGGUGCGGAAAGACUAGUUUAAUUGGGUUUUUGUCACAAGUAGUAGAAGUUAAAUUCAAAUCGUUAGACUUACACGCCGGGGUAACUGAAGAGAACAUUUUAUCUUUCAUGACAGAAGCUCAAAAAAUCGCAGAUACUUCUGAAACAUGGUUGUUCUUUGAUGAAAUAAAUACAUGCAAUCAUAUAUGCCUUCUCGCAGAUUUAAUAGCUCACAGAAUGUUCCAUGGUCGUCAAAUACAUCCUAAUAUUAGAUUGUUCGCAGCAUGUAAUCCAUAUCGUAUACGUACAAAAGAUCAAAGUAAUGUUGGAUUAUCUACAAAGGCCAAGAAAAAGGAAAUUAGAUAUGAGGAACGUAGUGAUCUAGUGUAUCAAGUUAAACCGUUACCUGAUCAAAUCCUUGAUUAUGUUUGGGAUUAUGGAGUUCUUCAAGAAAAAGAAGAAGAGAGAUAUAUUCAAACAAUGGUUUCUGAAGAAUUAGAAAAUGAAUUUUCAAACACAAAAACAUUUGCAAAAUUAAUAUUUAGGUCUCAAAUAUUUAUUCGAAAAGUUGAAGAACCCUAUAGUGUUAGUCUUCGUGAUGUGAAACGAGCCAUCACCCUAGCAAAAUUCUUUAAGAAAAGUUUAAAAAAUAGACCACAAAUUAAUCCGAAAAAGAGAUAUCCCCCAAAUGAUGAGAUUAAUAUUUCACUUAGGUGUUAUGUAUUAACAUUAGGCCUUUGUUAUCAAUGUAGAUUAUAUGAUCAGACAAUUAGAAAAGAAUAUCGCAAAGAGAUGGCAUUAAUUAUUAGUGAUGAUAUUAAUAAAGAAACAAAGCGAAAGUAUUAUUUUAGUGAAGAAAUUUUUAAUUAUAUUAUUAGACAGGAACAAGAAGAUUAUAUAGAUAGAAUGACCUGUCCUCCUAAUACUGCAAAAAAUGAAGCGCUUUUGGAAAAUGUUUUAGUUAUGAUUGUUUGUAUUCUCACCAAAAUUCCAGUAUUUAUCAUUGGAGCUCCCGGGUCAUCAAAAUCAUUAGCAGUAAGGCUUGUAAGUCAGAAUCUGAAAGGUUUUGAUUCUGAAGAUGAAUACUUCCGAACGUUACCACAGGCUUACCUUAUUCCACAUCAAGGCUCGUCAUCAUCUACAUCAGAUGGUAUUUUAAAAGUAUUCGAAAAAGCCAAUAAUUAUCAAAAAACGACAUCCAAAGAAUUUCCAGUAAUAAGUGUUGUUCUGUUAGAUGAAGUUGGUUUGGCUGAAACGAGCCCAUUUAAUCCAUUAAAAGUCCUUCACUAUCUGCUCGAACCACCCUAUGGAUCCGAUGGUCCAACUGUUUCGGUUAUUGGAAUAUCCAAUUGGAGAUUGGAUAAUAGUAAAAGUAGCAGAGCGUUAUUAGUUCAAAGACCCAAAUUUGAUCUUGAUGAUCUUGUUGAUACGGCGGUCCGCUUACUAAGUCCCAAGGUAGAAACAAAUGAAAUUCAAACAAACAUAACAAAAGUCUCUCUGAAGCCACUUGCUGAAGCAUAUUCCAUCUAUGAACAAACUGGUCAACAAUUUCCUAAUUUCCACGGCCUACGUGAUUAUUAUGCACUUGUAAAAUCCCUUUCGUUAACUAAUCUCACACCAAAAAAUAUCCAAAAAGCUCUUACCCGUAAUUUUGGUGGUACUGACAAAACUCAAGAAUUGUGUGAAAAAUACUUUGCACAAGUACUCAGAAACUUUAACCAACAACGUGAGUGGGAGUACAUACCUUUACCAAUAGAAGAUUUAAUAAAUGCAAAUCUUGAUGACAAGGAAGCAAGACACUUGAUGGUUAUCGGUAAAAGUGAUUCUAUAGUGAAUUGGUUAACUUAUAAAUUGAGAAAUAGGAAUUUGGAUCCAGUCGUUAUUCUGGGAUCACAAUUUCCUGAUGAUCAGGAUGAUUACUCAUACAGUGUAUUAAGUAGGAUUAUGAUGUGUGUUGAAACGGGAAGACCGUUGAUUCUUACUGAUUUGGAAAUUAUUUAUGGAAGUCUUUAUGAUCUAUGGAAUCAGAAUUAUAUCGUUGCGGGUAGUGCAGAUAAUCCAAAAUAUUAUACUAGAGUAGCUCUUGGUGCUUAUGCCAACCCUAUGCUUUACGUUCACGAAACAUUUAGAUGUAUUCUUGUUCUAGAUGAAACAAAAUUGAAGACAGCAGAUCCUCCACUUUUAAAUAGAUUCGAGAAGCAAAAGAUGACAAUCAAAGAUACCUUGACUACUCAUGAAUUUCAAAUAGUUGAACAAUUACUAACUUGGGUAGAGCAAAUGUCAAAGAUUUUUGGAACACAAGAUAAUCAAUCAAAAUUAAACGAAGAUUUUACACAAAAAGAUCUGUUUAUUGGAUUUGAUCCCGAUGAAACUGUUCAAAGUCUGGUUAUUGAUACUAAGAAAAAUUAUCCAAAUAGUGACGACCAAGAAAUCUUGAUAAAAUGUAAAGAAAAGUUAGUGGCUAUUGCUUCAAGCGAUGGUAUCAUAAGAACCGAAAAAUCAGAGUUAGAUGAUGAUGAAAAAAAGCAUUGGAAAAAAGUCUAUUUCGAAGAUCAACAUCAUGAUAAUAUUGCUGAUUAUAUUCAAACUGAAUUGAAAGAAUCUAAGAAUUCUCAUGGACUACAAAUUAUUAUAAACACAUUUUCUAACAUAAACACUGAUGUUAAAGCAUGUUUAGAUGGAAUUGUUGAUUGUCAAGUUGACAAAUUAUCGACAUUUAAAACAGAAUCUCAGCUUCAAAACAGGAUAAAAGAUUUCUGGUUAGAGUCCACUGAUGAAAUGCUUAUUAUUCAAUGUGAUGUCACGGUCGUAAACGCUGGAUGUAUUAAAUUAGCAAAAUUCAUAAUAGAACAAUUUAAAAACGAGUAUUUGGUGAAACGAGAGAAAAGACCAGAACUUCCUUGGAAGACUAAACACGUAUGCAUUCUCAUGCAUAUUCAUAGGGAACAAGAAAAUUCUUUUGCAUCAUUUAAUUUUAUGUGCGGAUGGGAUCAAGUUACCAUCGAAACUCUCGCGAAACAAGAAAAAUCACUUUCUGAACUUAUGAAUAAAAGUAUUGAGGAUGUCAUAAAUACUACUUAUUUGUUCGAAAGUAUCUUGAAUCAAGAAAUGUUAUGGUGUCUAUUGUGUAUGAAAUAUCCUUCAAGUAUUAGAUCUAUUGAACAUAUUAAUGCAAAUAUAUUUAAGUAUCCAAGAUUGUUAGAAUGUAUGAAAUCAUACACACGAUCAUGGUUACAAGAAAAAUCCACAACCAAUUGGCAAUAUAAAGUGGCAUCUGACAAAAAAUUAUUAUAUAUUUAUCCAUCAUUAUCUGUGGCAUUAUUAACACACAUAAGAGGGCUU